UCGAGCUCGAGCACCAGCAAGGCUUCCCAUCGACAAAGUUUCACUGAGGGUUUCCGCAAUCCUCCACCAUCGCCCCGUCAUCGACACCCUUCUUUGACCCAAUCCGCAAUUCAAGACCUUCUCAUUCACCCUCCUUCCACGAACAAACACCAAAACCCCAAGUUUGUCGGGCGAGAAUGGAGAGAUAUCACCAUAGGGGAGCUUAUUUCAGCCGACGAUGUAAACUGGAUUGAGAUUGGAGACAGCGUGGAGGCGGCCACCUUGAUGCUCCUUCAGAGCUCAACCGGCGUUGUUCUCGUCAGAGAAGAAGCUUCUGCUACAUCGCCAACAUUCUGCUUUGAUUAUAACGACCUGAACGCUUAUCUACUCACCGUUGUGGGAGUUUCUCGGCCUGAGAGCGAUCAAGCCACCCUUUUUCAUGACAUCAUGACCAAGGCCCAAGGAGGUGCUCGCAUAUCACUUCGGGAGAUCCAGACCCUGUGUUCCAGAGAAACCAUCGUCAAAUUGAACUCGGAUGUGAAUCUAUCUCAAGCUAUAGAAAAGCUUGGCAGUGGAAUACACAGGAUUUUAGUUACGGAGCCAGCUGGGAAUGUUAUUGGAAUUAUAAGCCAGCUCCGUAUGGUGGAAUUCUUCUGGAACGAAGGGAUCAAUUUUCCAACUAUUGACCGACUUAAUCCAGUCACGCUACAAGACUUAGGAAUUGGUGUACGGCCGAUAAUUUCAGUUCACGCCGAUGCUCCUCUCACUGAAGCGUUAUCGCUCAUGUAUGAUGAGGGCCUUUCAAGUGUAGCUAUCGUAGACAACGGACAGAAUGUGGUGGGCAACAUCUCAACAAAAGAUGUGCGACAUUUGACAAGCUCCUCAAGUGCAUAUUUACUUGGUAAUUCUUGUAUGCACUUCAUUUCCAUCAUUCUUAACGAAAAAGGGGUGGAAAGGGGACAAGAUGUCUAUCCUGUUUUCUACGUAAACCCUUACUCCACAUUGGCACAUACCGUAGCCAAACUGGUGGCAACAAAAUCGCAUCGAAUGUGGAUUGUCGAUGCAGGACCACAAUCGUCGCCUCUAUCAACGCCUACGACACCAAUGACCACAUCACAGACUUCUGCAUCAGGCGGGAUGGCUCCAGGAACGAUUCCAUCUGCUGUGCCUGCAGUCACAGUUCCGGCGGCUACGAUGGCUGGCGCUCUUUUGUCGGGCAAACUCAUUGGAGUCGUCUCGCUAACAGAUAUUCUCAACAUAUUUGCCAAAUCUACGGGACUGCAUCCCUCUGAGCCGUGGGAGCAGAGAGUACGCCGCCGACGCAGCUCGAGUAGUUCCGUACGGCCUAGCGUUGAGUCUUUGCGGUCCAGCGUGGAAACCAGGAGGUAA